CCCUGGGCUUUUGCCCAGGUAAACCUGUGGAUCAAUUAAUAGUUUGCUCUGCCGGGCCGAUUUUCCAUGUGCUUCUGCAGGUUACACCGUGGUGGAUGCCUGCCGUGUUGCUGCUUGGAGUAUUUUACACAAACGUAAAAUGCUGGUCCAGGUUCGAUACUGCCAACAGCAGAAGUAUGUGAAGUUGGAAGAGGUUGAUGGGCGGUUUGAGUUUAUGCAGUUUCAUGAAAAAGUCAUCGAGAGAUUUUGCCUGCCACCUGAUGCAAAAGUAGUGUACAAAGAUGCAACAGGGACAGAAGUUGAUGAAGUGAUUUUCAGUGACCUUAUCAGCCAAGGCACUGUGGUCCUAACAGUUUUCUCAAGUGAUGAAUUUUCUGAUUGCUCCUUGUCUUCUGCAUCUGAUUGUUCUGACUCAAGCUUCAGCUCAAAUGCAAGUACAUCAACUAUACUUCUAGAUGAGGGUCCCAGGAAGAAAACAAGAGUUGAGGGUACUGUUGAUGCAGCAUCUGCUAAAAAGUUAAUUGAAGGUGUACUUGGAACCAAUUCAGGUGGUGAAGAGGUUCUCCAGGAAUAUCACACAACACAAACUCUAACAGAUGCUACCAGAAGAAAAAUGGUCAAUAUAAUAGUGGCUCACAUGAUUGAUUGCCAUGGGCACCUCCCCACCAAAGCUGUUAGAGAACAGUACGCGCUAGGGGUAGUGACAUUGUUCCCAUCCCUGAAAGACCCAUACUCCAAGAAAGGCUAUGAACACUUCUAUGAUGCUGCAAGCAGCACUGGAUACAUUUCUUGGCGUCUGAAAACGAUACAGAGAAAGACUAGACGAGGAUCUGCACCACCAAGUAGCUCCACUGGCUUUGCUCAAGAAGGAGGGGGCCCAAAUUCCCAAAGGCCCAUUAAUGUCGACAUGCAGCUUGAUGGAGAUGCUUGCCAGGAGGCCAUCUCUUUGCUGAACCAUACAUCCGACACUUCCUUGAUUUUCCAGAAGAUGAGAGAGACCUUUCAGCAUCGUCAGAAGCUCAUCAAUGAUCCUGACAAAAGUCUUGAUAUCCUGUCUAUCUUCCCAAGAUUCUUGGAUACAAAAGGAUUGGUGAAUCAAGACUUCACUCUCCUGUUUGAUGAUGAGAUAUCUACCAGGCUGCUUCAGAAAUGGGAUCCAAUCUUUAGGUAUCAAAUCAUCAAAGAGGCCAAGCAGCUCACCUCAACAGUAGAGUUGCGUCAAUUGGUGCAGUCAGCAGAGAGUCUACCAGGAAGUGAUCUUGAUGAGGCAGCAAGAGGACCAAAGUAUCAAAAAAUCAGCGCCUCUGAUGCUGUUGAGAGACUUGUAGUCUUUCAUAAGUCUUGCUGCAGUUUGGAAGAGCAUCUCCAGAAUCAGCAGAGUCAGCAGCCAUACCUCCUGGCUGUUGGGCGCCAGAAGAGGAAGGUCGACAGCUUCUAUGUUGCCAUAGACAAGCGUCUCAUCCCCUGCCAGGCCAGCCGCUCCCUUGGGGCAUUUGAUGAGCUUUUUAAAGCUCAUUUUGUGUUCAGUGUGUCUUAUGAUGCUGCACUUGUGAAUUUCUACACAUUUCUGCAGACAACAGUAUACAAUAUUGAUAUGGGGAAAAUGAAGGAGUCCCCAAGAGUUCGUGACCUGAGAGCCAAAAUCCUUAACCAGGAAAUUCUUCUCACAACCCAAGUAAAAAUCAUUAAAAUGCUGACAUGUGUUUUGUGUAAGAGAGCUUAUCCCAGCAGUCAGCAGCUGAUUUCACAUUUAAGAGGUGAACAUGGUUAUUAUCCUGGACCUAAGUUUAAGUUAUUUUGUUGGCAGCCAGGCUGCAGGCUUCAGUUCCAAACUUAUGCAGGCUUUAGGAAGCACCUCAGUAGUUUUCACAGCAAUGUUGACCAAAAUGAUCGAACUUCAGCCAUUGCUUGUUUUUCUAAUGACACAGUUUCACCUGCUUUGGAGGACCAGUUUAAUUCCUCAAAUCUUCCUCACAGUUCUCCCAGUGUUCUUCCAGAGUCUAGUUCUUCCAGUGUUCCAGUGAGCAUUGAUUCAGUACUUACAAGGGAUUCAUCCAAAGAAAUGUGUGCAUCCAUUGUGGCCAAACUGCAGGGUAGUGGCCUUUCUAACAGUUUAGUAUCCUCACUUGUAGGCGAUUUGGAGGAAUUAACAAGUGAGCUUCGCUCAGAAGCAAAGCAGGCCAUUCUUUCUGCGUUACCCACAAAGGACUCCAGCAUAUCUUUAAUAAAUAAAUGAAUGCUUUGAAAAUUUUGAAAACCCUUUCACCAAUCUGAACACAGAAUGGAAACGAAAUAAAUACUUCAAUCUAAAAUGGGGAGUUGUAGAACCUAGAGAAAUAACACUUGGAGUGAGGUAUGACAUCAGGCGAAAUCAGAAGUCUGGUACUUAUGAUCAAGUACCUGUGAAGGAUACUUUUAUAUAUGUACCUAUUUUGGAGUCUUUGAAGUUCAUGUUUAGAAAUCCAGAGAUUUGUGUUUUCCUGCAGAGAGAGUGUAGCUCAGAGCCUGAUGCUUAUCAUGACUUUUGUGAUGGAAGUUACUUUAAAACUCACCCUUUGUUUUCAGCCAAAAGGCAUGCAUUACAAAUUCAGCUAUACUAUGAUGAUUUUGAAACAGCCAAUCCUCUUGGCUCUAAACGCGGAAUUCACAAAAUUGGCUGUAUUUAUUUUGUUAUAAGAAACUUGCCCCCAAAAUUUAAUUCCAUUUUGAUGAACAUUCAUUUAGUGUCACUUUUCCACACACCAGAUCUGCAAAAGUAUGGUUUUGAUGUUAUACUGGAACCACUGAUAAAUGAUGUCAAAAAACUGGAAAGCCAAGGGCUAAGUCUUCCAUUUUCUGAUGAGCAGGUAUAUGGCACAAUAUCACAGAUCACUGGAGAUAACCUAGGGAUGCACUCAAUUCUUGGUUUUAAUGAGUCGUUCAGUAGCCGUCAUUUCUGUCGCCUUUGUUUGAUUGAGAAGAAUGAUUGUCAAAUGGUGUACAGUGAGGAUGAUCCUAAAAUUAUUCCUCGUGGGAAAGAUUUGUUUGACAUACGUUGCCAGUCUCUUUGGGAAAAUCCUAAAUUGAAGUCACUGUAUGGGUUGAAAAGAAAUUCUGCACUCAAUUCAUUGCAGUAUUACCAUAUUUGCAAUAACUACUCAUUUGAUAUAAUGCAUGACCUUCUUGAAGGUGUGGCUCAGUAUGAGGUCAAAUUGCUUUUUGAGUAUCUUACGC